GUGAAUACUUGACAUUUCACUGUUGCGAACAUUUUGUGUUUGUUUCGCGAGGUUUCCAUCGAAGUUGGGUGAAAAUGACUUCGCUAGAGCCGCCACAGAACAAAACCUGGGACCUGUCGUUGUACGAGCUACAACGCAAACCCCAGGAAGUGAUAACCGAUAACACAGAGAUCGCAGUAUCGCCGCGGAGCCUACACAGCGAGCUGAUGUGCCCCAUUUGCCUCGACAUGCUCAAGCGGACGAUGACCACGAAGGAAUGCCUGCAUCGGUUCUGCUCUGAAUGCAUCAUUACCGCCCUGCGAUCCGGCAACAAGGAGUGCCCCACUUGCCGCAAGAAACUCGUCUCCAAGCGCUCCUUGCGCCCUGAUCCGAAUUUCGAUCUGUUGAUAUCGAAAAUCUAUCCCAGCCGCGAAGAGUAUGAGGCAAUUCAGGAACGGGUUCUCGCCAAAUUCAACCAAACCCAGUCUCAACAGGCGCUCGUCAAUUCCAUUAACGAAGGCAUCAAAUUGCAAUCUCAAAACCGCCCCGGGCGCUACAGACGGGGCACUGAAAGUGACCAACAGAACUCUAACCAUGCCAGCUCGAGUUCAGCCUCGCACAACAAUGGGACUGACUCCCGCGACGACAGACAGCAGAACUCGAAUCCGCCGUCGGUUCGGAGCACGCCCUCGCCAGUGCCCUCAAACGUGAGCAGCAGCAGCAAACCUAAGCGCGCGACCUCGGUUUUUACCUCUGAACGCUCGGAAGAGUCCGAGAGUAACAGCGAAAUGGAUUGUCGGACCGAGGGCGACUCCAACAUCGACACAGAAGGCGAGGGAAACUCCGAGCUGGGCAUAAACGACGAAAUCGAGCUGAUUUUCAAACCGCAUCCCACUGAAAUGGCGGGCGAUAACCAACUCAUCAAAGCGCUCAAGGAGAACUCUGUGCGGUACAUUAAAACCACAGCCAACGCAACAAUUGACCACCUCAGCAAGUAUUUGGCCACUCGCCUCACCCUCGAUCUCGAUACUGAGCCCCCGGCCGACUACCGCGUCCUGAGCUUCUGCAUCUACAUAGCCCCGCAGCCCGGACAGCUCGUCAUCCUGAACGGCAAUCAGACCUUGCAGCAGGUGAGCGAGAAGUUCUGGAAGGUCAACAAGCCAAUGGAGAUGUUCUACUCGUGGAAGAAGUCCUAGGGAACGUAGAACCACUCUCUGGAGACAAGGGAGUGAGCGAUCGAAUCCUCUUCGUUCUUCGUCAUUCUCAUUCGCCUUCGUGAAUCUUCACUGGAUUCUGUUCUCUCAUCGUCAUGCGAAUGUAGUGUUAGCGUUUCAGUUGAUUUAAUUCGUUCAUCUUUACUUGUAAGGAAGGUAGAGGGCUUCGUCUUGCUUGGUUUCCGAAUUAUCCUUUUAUUCGAAGCGACUCAGUUUAGGAAGUAGAUUUAGGGUUAAGUGUGCACUUCGACUGUGAAGUGCGAGGUAAUAAAUGUCUAUAUUUAAUCAGAUAA